UCUCUCUCUCUCUCUCUCUCUCCAUCAGGUUACCCUAUACUCUGCCCUGACAACUACAUCAGGAGCAGAGACGGGAUAUCUUGUCUUACACUUGUGUCGAGUAACGGAGACCUCAUCAAAAGCAGCCAAGAGUGCGCUAAACGUAAUGCCGCGCUGGCUUUCAUCACUAGCUUUGAUGAUGUCAGCAGUUUAAGGAAUGACUUGAUGAUCCUGACAGGAUACUACGUUAAAAGCAAGAAAGAACCAUACGCCUAUAUACCUGCCGUGCCGGAUAACACUGUCAUUACGGACGACACCAACGUGACUCUCAGUGAAUGGAGAGCAGGUGAUCUAUGCGUGGUGAUGAAGAACAGCGAUGUUAAACACUGGCUCCUCACAUACUGUCACGAUCCUGUCAGUAGUGCAAUCUGCAUGUGGCCAGUGACGUGUCCGGAGGAUUACGAGAAAGUGGGAACCAUAUGCUACAAGCUGAUCGAAUCCCCUUCCCCUGAACCCACCUUCCUGGACGCUCCUCGCCACCUGCAACAAGGAGGGUUCAGGCCUUGCCCACCCGACCACCAUGUCACAGAUUGACGAACUCGCUCUGUUCAUCG